AUGGUAAUUAGCUGCAGUAAAUAUCGUAACCAGUGGCGUUCGACAGUUUGCCCAGCCUCAGACACGUUCAUAUCAGUAGUGAUAUCAUCUCUAGGAAACUUAACCGACGAGAAUUUCCUAGCGUACUCUGGUGCAGUAGACAUAGCAAUAAGAUACCUGAGUAGCGAGAGCUAUGGUUUCGUUAUCAACAGUGCUGGUUUGACGGUGGAUGAGGGUAGUCUGCGGUUGACUCGCUCUGAUGGGAAGCUUAUUCCGGUCGAUCAACAAACGCCUGUACAAAUAUUAAGUGAAUUUGAACAAAUCCAUUUAAAAUUCGCCGAAACUUUGGAAAAGGAGGUGGUGUACACGGUGCAUUUGGAGUUUAGUGGUAUCAUUAGAAGCGAUUUUUUUAAAGGUCUCUACCGUAGUAGUUAUAGAGUGAAUGGGCAUGAAAGAUACCUUGCAACAACAUUUUUUGCCGCUGCAUACGCUCGAACUGUGUUUCCUUGCUAUGAUGAACCCGAAUACAAAGCUUCCUACAGCAUCAAAAUUCGUCAUCGCCCGCAACACAUGGCAUUGUCGAACAUGCCAGUUGGAGAAAAUAGAGAAACAUCUUUCGAACCAACCCCUUUGAUGUCCACCUAUUUGGUUGCCUUCGUUGUAUCGGAUUUCCAAACAGCAUCCUCCGGAGAUGAACUUAUACGUGUGUAUGCUCCGGAAAACAAAGUGUCUCAUACCCAGUACGCCCACGACUUUGCUAUGAGAUCACUGCAAACCCUGGAAAGAUAUUUUGGCCGUCAAAAUCAAGUGCCAAAGAUUGAUCUCGUCGCAAUACCUGAUUUUGCGAUGGGUGCCAUGGAGAAUUGGGGGAUGAUAACAUUCCGAGAAGAUUAUUUAAUCUACGAGGACGAAUAUAACACGACAGCCAUGGCAAAACAAUCGAUUGCCGCGGUUGUAACACACGAGCUGGUGCACAUGUGGUUCGGCAAUGAGGUGACACCGGAAUGGUGGACGUACGUGUGGCUGAACGAAGGAUUCGCUCGAUACUUUGAGUAUUACAUCACGUCCCAGGUUUGCUUACACAAGUUAUAUGCUAAGAGUGCCUCCGUUAUUCGCAUGAUUCAAAACGUCAUCGGAUCGGAUACGUUCAAAAUGGUAAUCAAUGAUUACCUGCGAUCCCGCAGCUAUCUUACCACCAAACCGCAGUAUCUUUAUGCAAGCAUUGAAAAGUUCCGAACGGUUGAGCUGCCGGCUAGCGUGGAAGCUAUCUUUGAAAGUUGGGCCAACGCUCCGGGCUAUCCCGUUGUUACGGUUAACGUUGACCUGACCCAACGUACGUUAAAAGCUUCUCAGAAACGAUUCUGGAUGCCAAACGAGAUCGAAAGUCCUCCCAAGAAUGAGCUGUUCUAUGUGCCCAUCAACUACGCGUCCAGCAUCUCCAAGGACUUUGACACAACAACUCCAACAUCAUGGCUGACACCUACCUCUCCAGAGAUCACUGUUUCGAUUGAGUCCGAUAUAAAUUGGUUGGUUGUUAACAAACAACAAACAGGAUAUUACAGAGUAAACUACGACGAAGCAAGCUGGAAUCGGCUGGUUGGCGUACUGAAUAGCGAUCGUUUCGAUACCGAUCUUCCCGUGAUUAACCGAGCCCAGCUGGUGGACGACGUUGCAAACCUUGCACGUGCCGGUGAAGUAGACUACGGUAUAGCCUUGUCGUUGAUGCAAUACCUUGAACGAGAGACUGAAUACAUCCCUUGGAGUACGGCGUACAACGCCCUUCUGCACCUCGAUCGUAUGUUUUCGGGCAACAAAGAGUACCCAAGUUUCGAGAACUACGCGCAAAAACUUCUGUCACAUGUGUUCAAUGAAACAAAAGUCAUCGGACCCACCGACCAUCUAAGCCGUCUUUAUCGUGAAAAAACGAUUUAUUUAGCGUGUUACUAUGGCGUCCCCGCGUGUCUGAAACAGGCAACCGCCAUUCUACAAACAGCCAUCCAAGGAGAAUCGUUGGAUGUUCCCAAAGAAAUACAAUCCAGCGUGUUUUGUGCAUUCCAUAAAUACGGACCAUUACUCGAUGCUAGUUCCGAACUGGUGCUUCUCCAGAAAUUUAUCGAAGGUGGCGAUCGGCUUGAGGAGCUGAUGCAAAAAUACAUCGCCAGCAUGGGAUGUUCGCGACUUCCGCUCACUAUCGAUUUUUAUCUACAGAUGGUUGAGUUUGGUCCGCCAGGACUAUCACGAAGCAUGCAACGUGACAUCCUAGCCAGCAUGAUUAAAGGAGGUCCUGCUAGCCGAAAUGCUUCGCUAAAGUAUAUGUUGGAUCGUUUUACAAUGAUCUCCACUGCCUUGAAUGGGCAACUAAACAUAGCAUUUGACGCCUUUGGAACAAGCGUUAAUACUCAUGAGGAGUAUCAGAUGGUACGGAUUUCCGGUGAUCCGGAAAUUUUAUAA